CUUCCUGCUCUCAUGGCCGUCCACCGUUGCCGAAACACAAACGUCACCCCAAAUGCGGCCGGUUUCCCCUCCGCCGCCACAUUCUCUCACUCCUCAUUCUCUCUUCUCUCUUUUCUCCUCUCAUCCUUUGUCUUUCCCGGUCCUCCCCUCUUUCUGUACACGCUGAAACCCUCAAAUUCUCCGUUGUUUCACUCAAUUUUAUAUUCUUAGUCAGACCUGUCUUCUAUCCCCGGUAGUGCUAAUUCUCUCUCUCCUCUCCUUCUCCCCCAGGCGCAUCCAUGCAAGCUACCAACAACCAAUCCCACCACCUCUCCCCGGCA